AUGAUUCCCGAAGGAAGGGUCCUCUCUUCCUUGCUGGGACUCGCGCUGCUCUGGUUCCCCUUGGACUCCCACGCUCGAGCUCGCCCAGACAUGUUCUGCCUUUUCCACGGGAAGAGAUAUUCCCCCGGCGAGAGCUGGCACCCUUACUUGGAGCCACAGGGCCUGAUGUACUGCCUGCGCUGCACUUGUUCUGAGAGUGCCCAUGUGAAUUGUUACCGCCUCCACUGCCCCCCUGUCCACUGUCCCCAGCCCGUGACCGAGCCACAGCAGUGCUGUCCGCGGUGUGUGGAACCUCACACUCCCUCUGGGCUCCGGGCUCCCCCAAAGUCCUGCCAGCACAACGGGACCACGUACCAACAUGGAGAGAUGUUCAGUGCCCCUGAGCUGUUCCCUUCCCGCCUGCCCAACCAGUGUGUCCUCUGCAGCUGUACCGAGGGCCAGAUCUACUGCGGCCUCAUGACCUGCCCGGAACCAGGCUGCCCCGCACCCCUCCCGCUGCCCAGCUCCUGCUGCCAGGCCUGCAAAAAUGGGUCAAGUGAGAAAUCAGCUGAAGAGAACACCACGCAGUCACACCGUGGGGUGAGGCAUUCCCAGGAUCCCUGUUCGGGGGACGUUGGGAGGAAGAGAGGCCUGGGCACCCCGGCCCCCACUGGGCUCAGCCCUCCUCUGGGCUUCAUCCCCCGCCACUUCCGACCGAAGGGGGCAGGCGGCACGACAGUCAAGAUCGUCCUGAAGGAGAAACAUAAGAAAGCCUGCGUGCACGGCGGGAAGACAUACUCCCAUGGGGAGGUGUGGCACCCAGCCUUUCGCUCCUUUGGACCCCUGCCCUGCAUCCUGUGCACCUGUCAGGACGGCCGCCAGGACUGCCAGCGGGUGACUUGCCCCACCGAGUACCCCUGCCAUCACCCCGAGAAGGUGGCCGGAAAAUGCUGCAAGAUUUGCCCAGAGGACAAGGCAGACCCUGGCCACAGUGAGAUCAGUGCCACCCGGUGUCCGAAGGCGCCGGGCCGGGUCCUCGUGCACAUGUCAGUAUCCCCACGUCCAGACAACCUGCGUCGCUUUGCCCUUGAGCGUGAGGCCUCUGAGCAGGUGGACAUCUACCUCUGGAAGCUGGUAAAAGAUGAGGAAACUGAGGCUCAGAGAGGUGAAGUACCUGGCUCAAGGCCACACAGCCAGAAUCUUCCACUUGAUUCAGAUCAAGAAAGUCAGGAAGCAAGACUUCCAGAAAGAGGCCCAGAACUUCCGGCUGCUCACCGGCACCCACGAAGGUCACUGGAACGUCUUCCUAGCCCAGACCCCGGAGCUGAAGGUCAUGGCCAGUCCAGACAAAGGGACCAAGACCUUAUAACAAAGACCUAA